ACAUUUUCUCACUUCCGGUCGACCUGACGGAGGGAUCUUCCUGAAGUUGCGACAAGCUUCCUUAAUGCUGGUGAUGCGGUCAUUUUAAAGCGGGUUUUACCGAUAUUAUUUUCAAUAUUUUCAUCAAAUCUAUCCGAACAACAGCCUCCGUUGUGAGGUGACCAUUUUGAAUUCAGAGAAAAACGUCAACAGUUGAGUGUAGAUUUAAGCUAACAGCUAGCACCAUGUUUUGGGAAGAAUUGCUUUUCUCUCUGCUGGUCUGGCCUCAAGCUGCCUCCUCUUCCUCUGACUGAGCUGGAAACCUGAAAGGUGGAGGAAACUUCUCAGCUGAAGUCAAUGAGGCUCCCAGGUUCCUCUACAGGUUCUUCUGCAUCUCGUUUCUUCUAGCCUGCUAGCUCGUCAGCUAUGGCGGACAGCUUUGGAGAGGAGUACAGCGGCGGUGGCCACAGUUUAGGCGUUCCCGGACAGGGUGGCGGAGCUUUUCCGCUGCCGGCUUUGCCAGGGGGAUACCCUGCCGCUAGCGGAGCUCACCCUAGCCCCAACUCGGCCUCCCCCUCUCCCGCUACAACCCCAGCCGCGCCCGGUGGCCUGGCCGCUGUGGUGUCCCCGAUCUCCGCAGUUGCCUCUUCAGCCAUGGGCUUUGGGAACGCAUUCAGCUCCGGCCCUUCGCCACCAGUCCUGGCCGUGUCCCCCAUCGUUCACACGUCCUCCCCCCUGCCCGGUGUCGGCCAAGGGGUGGCGGGGCUGGCAGGAGGGGGGCUCCUGUCCCAGAUCCACGCCACUUCCUGGGACCCAACUCUGAGCGCAGACUGGGACAAUGAGAAGGCAUCCCAGACAUGCAUCCUGAGGAUCAAGAGUGUUUUUUAUUGUAGUACAUGGACCGGACCAGCUUGGAGUCCAGCUCAGAGCAUAUCCUCUGUCCUCAUAUCCAUUCAGUCCCUGAUGACGGAGAACCCGUAUCACAACGAGCCCGGCUUCGAGCAGGAGCGCCACCCAGGGGACAGUAAGAAUUACAACGAGUGCAUCCGCCAUGAAACCAUGAGGGUGGCUGUAUGCGACAUGCUGGAGGGCAAAGUUCCCUGUCCUGAGGCUCUGAGUAGCGUGAUGGAGAAGUCCUUCCUGGAGUACUACGACUUCUAUGAGGGCGUCUGCAAAGAGAGGCUGCAUCUGCAGGGUCAGAACAUGCAGGACCCAUUUGGGGAGAAGCGUGGUUGUUUCGAUUACCAGAGCCUGCUGGUUCGUCUCGGCGCCACUCACAGGCGAAUACGGGAAAAGAGCUUGGCGGAGGACACUCGCAACGACAACAACUCGGACUCGGAUACCAGCUCCUCUGAAACGGACCUGGACAGCCAGGGCAGCUCCCAGCCCUGACUCCACGCCGCCGGCCUUGGACUGAUUGGAUUCUUUAGUUUGCCUCUUUAUUUUCCUUUUAACUUUUCAGCGGCGCCAGCCGUCAUAUUCUAACGGUCCGUCAUCGUUCAUGGAUCCAGAGUUCAUUGCCGAGUUCUUCUCCUGUUGUGUGCUGACAGAAAGUUGGUCCACUGAGAAGGCCACGAGGGUUUAAUGUUUAACGCUUGUUUAGAGAUAAUCCGAUACCCUGAACUCGAUGUUCACUCGGAUUCUCCCAAAAAAAAUAAACCCAGUAAAACUUUAGAUUAGUUCCCAGAGGAAAUGGUGAUGUUAUCUGCCAGAGGAAAGGCCGACAGGUGAAACUUAUCCUACAAAACGUCACUGUGGCUUAAAUACGCCGCCGCAGCAGAAGUCUGCCAAUCCUUCAUGGCGUCUGCCGUCCUUCAUGGCGGCCUUGUUUUGGGUUUUAGAGGUGAGGAAGACCCUUAGCUGGAUUAAAGAUGUGGGCCGGUGAAAUGAUGUGCCUUGUCAUCGCUGCAGAAAAACGAUCUUUGGAUUUAAAAGCCGUGUUGAUGAAUCUGUGAAGCUCAGAUCUUUGCUGUUAACAAUAAAUCAGAAGCAGAUCAUCAGAUGUAGAUUGGAGCCGUUUUAACGUCUGGUUUUCCUCCGUGAUACCAGGAACAUUUCCUGAAUAUCACUGCUGGAAAACGUCUUUCCUGUCAUCCUGAUGCAUUUUUUUUUUUUUUGGCAUGUUUUUCACGAUCGAGUGUUUCAACGCGAACUGAUUCAAAUAUUGGUGGAAAAACGUGCAGUUUUUCAUUAAAGGCUUUUUGUUAACAGACGAUCCAAACCUUCACGUCUCUGUUUGUCCCAAAACACUCGAGACAAACGCCUUUCUCCCGUCACGCAUGGAGGAAACGCGGCUCCACAUCUCAGAAAAAAAAAGGUCUCACUUGGUGGUGGUGGUGUGAUGGUCUGGGGUUGUUUUUCUGGAAGACUUGUGGAACCAUGAAUCCUGCUGAAGGUCUGAAACAGGACGAUGAUCCACGAGGUACCAGCAGGUUAGCUUCUGAUAGCUGAAGGAGAAACAGCCUGGAACAGCCUAGUCCAAGUCCUGCCUGGAAUCCCAUAGAGAUGCUGCUGGGUGAUCUAAAAAGGCCUCCAAUGAUGCUGAGAUCCAGCAGAAAUGAUUGGUCCAGAACUCCAACCAGCUUUUAGGUUUAACUUCUCUCCUAAUCAACCUGCAUCCUGGAUGUUCCUUUAGUCUGAACUAGAUGACAUCACCAGUUUAAAGCUGCUUACGAAGCUCCCUGAAUCAAUUAUGGCACCUUACAGGUUUAUUAUGAUACGUUUCUGCAGUUUUCACUUUAUUUUUGCUCCAUUUCUUUAGCAUUUUGUAUUCUUAUAACAACACAGUGAGAAUGAUGCUGAAAAGGUAACGGAGUCGGGCACGUCAGCUGUUUCCCAGCUGAGGAAUAAAAAAAGAGGAAAAGUCAGAUCUAAUGAGAUUGGAGGUGUUGAGUAGUUUAUUAAAGUUGCAACGAAGAUGGAUGCAUGAAUAAGUCCUACCAGCAGAUGGCGGCGUACAGCAGCGCCCCAACAGACAGACAAUCUUCUGGGGCCAAAAACAUGUUUAUUGUUUUAUUAGAAUAUAAUAUACUGUAAAGAAAAUGCCCCAGAAAUCAAUCAGGAUGAAAGCGAACAUUUUUCACACCGCUGUAUGGUGUAGUAGAAUUCAUUUGUUAAUAAUCUUAGUUUUUUCCUACUGAGAUAGAAACCAAUAAUCCAGUUCUAUUGAUCGAAGAAGGUCAAUAGGAAAGAAAACACUGCUGGUGGACGAGCAUCCUGUUCAAAGCAAAAUAAUUCAUUUCAAACGGUGCAAACUGGACUUUUUAAUAGAAUGUUUAGAAAACAUUUAAAAAAGAAAUAUUAUUGACAGAAGUCCUUAAAGUUAAGAUUAUUUUAGAUUAAUUGAAAUGUGGUCCGGUUGAUCUGGUGGAUAUUUCUCCUUCGUUUCCCAGGAAAGUUAUUCACCAUCUCUUUCCCAUUUCUAUAGAGGAUUUAGCUAAUUCAAUUAUGACUUACGUCUCUAAAAAUCAAAAGAAACUUUGUGUUUUUCAUCAUAGGUUUAUUUUUCGGACUAGAAAAACAAAUAAUCUGAAGAAAUUAAAUCUUCCUAAAGAAAUUUGGACCCAUGAAGGAUUUAAUUUGGACAUGAAUUACUUGCAACUAAUGAUUCUUUUGAAAAUCCAUUAAUCUGUCAAUUAUUUUUAUGAUUAUUUGAUAAUCAGAUAGCAAAAGGUUCCUUAAAGAAGAUAUUUUUCUAAAAUUAAACCAGCUGAAACGGAAGUUUUCCACUUGAGGAGUUCCUGGUAGAACGGACGGGGAAAAAAAAAAUUAAAUCUGAAAUGCAAAUAUUUUAUUUUUUACAAUUUUAAUAUAAUUGCUGCUCUAAGUGGGUCGCUCUGUCAGCUAAAGACGCUACCAGAAAGAGCAGAGCCUUAGUGAUUGAACUAACAAAUAGAUAAAAUGAUGAAAAGGGGUCCCUAUGUCCUCCAGCAGUCUAAACCUAUAGCAGCACAAAUGCAAAACUUGCUAUAAUUCCUGCUUUAAGUGGGUCCCUCUCAGCUAAAGGACAUUGUUUCAGCCCUACCUGCAACUUUAAAUUUCUAUUCAAAUGAAACAGCUCUAAAGUUUUAAACACCUGAAAUAUGAAAAGGCUUACAUCUCUAAGAGGCAGAGGGAGAGAGAACAGCUUUCUUCUGAAGCACAAAAAUUAAUAUAUAUUCUAUUAAAUUCCUAUUUGUCUAAAUUAAAAGGAAAGAAUCGUUUAUUAAGCUUUUCUUUUUAUUAACUUUUGUUCCGUUUCCAUAGAAGUAGGAGGGAAUGAAUGAUGCUUCUGCAGCUUUGAGAAAUGGAAAAUGGCCUGAAGCUGAAGGUUUGCUAGCUGUAGUUUCCUGGUUGGAUUUAGACUGAAGUCAGACUUCAGGUUUAAAUAAUCAAGACAAACUCCGGAU